AUGGCGACGACUGCUUCGAAUAACGUGGCUGGCACGGAGAACAUAACGCUCUCUUCUGCUCCGAGCACGCCGUCUAUGCCUAGCAAGAAUGAGCAGCCUGAUCCUAUCGCGCGCGGUCCUCCGCCUCUACCGUAUAACCUCCACGAGCACAAGCUCAUGAUCUUUCUCUUCUGGUUCCUCAUUUUGACGGAAUGCACACUCAUCCCGAUUAUUUUUUACUUCACAAUCUCUAACCUCACCGAUUUACGACCGGGCGCCAUGUUUGCCAUCAUAACGGCGAUGUUUGGGUUUAUUUCUGGUGGAGAAUAUGGUCUUCGCGGGUUACGACUUGCGCUUAAGCGCGAUACUUAUCGGCCUCUCAACGGCGCGGGACGAUGGAGUUUCGAUACGGUGCAUUUAGUCCUCGGACCACCGUACUUUGUCAUGACGGCGCUCAUGAUUGGGUUCAGCAUCCCUGAUCCGCCGAUGAUGAGGGGUCUGAGCAUCAUCAUGCCAGUCGGUAUCCUAAUGCGUACCAUUUCAACUGGAGACUCCGCUUUCACCGCCUAA